AUGGCUCUAUCCCAGCUUCAGUGCCUGGAUGAUAAACACGUGAACCCGCGGACGCACGAGUCCAAGCCCGAGUUCUUCUACUGUGAGGACCAGCGGCUCGCGCUGGAGGCUCUCCUGCGGGAUGGUCGCGAGGCGUUCUUUAAAUACCUGGAGGCUCGCGGCCUCCGGGGUUUCCUCUCAGACCCGGAGCUGGAAGCUCUCACCGGCGCCGUCGAACCCUAUGACCCGGGCUUGGAGCUGUUCUCGGGGGAUGCCGAAGACGUGCAGACCCCGCUGUCGCUUCACUACUGGCCAGAGCUGUCGGACACGUCCAUCCCGCAGAUGGACCUGGGCUGGCCCGACAGCGAUGCGUACCGGGGGGUGACGCGCACUACGGUGUACACGCAGCCGCCGCUGGAUGGUCACGCUCACAUCAAAGAGGUUGUCAGAAAAAUGAUCGCACUGGCGCAAAAGGUAAUCGCAGUGGUGAUGGACGUCUUCACUGAUGUCGACAUCUUCAGAGAUUUGCUUGGUGCUGGUUUCAAAAGGAGAGUUUCUGUUUACAUCCUGCUGGAACGCGCAACGCUACCUCAUUUCUUGGCCAUGUGUCGGAGGGCCAACAUGCACACCGGACACCUCAAGCACCUUCGUGUCCGCUGCUCAGAAGGAGCGGAGUUCUACACGAGGUCCUGCACCAAGGUCAGAGGGCGAAUGGGUCACAGAUUCAUGUUCGUUGAUGGAGACAAAGCUGUGUCUGGGUCGUACAGCUUCACUUGGAUGGCCUCACGUCUGGAUAGGAAUCUCAUCACCGUGGUUACAGGGCAGGCUGUGGAUGGCUUCGACCGACUGUUUCGCUUCCUCUAUCUGUCCUCCAGUUCUGUUGACCUCCGGCACACCAUCACAGAGCCUGAACCUGAGCCGGAACCCCUCCCACAGCCCGCCCCUGUCAUACCCCCUUCUGCUGACAUUGCGAGGAAGUUGUACAGCCCAAAAUAUGCCCUGGUUGCUUUGACCAACCCCGGCCCCACCACCUCUGUUAACCAAGAAAGCCCCAAAGAACCCCAAAAUCCAGAGAACUCCAAGAAGAAGAGGCGAGGCAAGGCUAGUGAAGAAUCGACAAAAGAAUCUCCUCCUCUCCAUCCUGGAUUAAUAAAUCUAGAAAAAGCAUGCUUAGUCGCAUACCUGCCCACAUGGCCAGAACCUGACCCCCCCAGUGAUGUCAUAGGGUUCAUUAACGUUCGGGAUGCCAAAAAACCAACUCAAGUCCACUUGCAGCGUUCAGAGAUGUUUGAAACCAGCCAGGCGAUCAGGUUUAGCAGUCCGUUCAGCAGCACAAAGGAAUCCAAGGAAGAAGUCGCCAAGCCCACACAGGCGACUUCUAAACAAGAGGAGGUGAAUGCACUGCAACCAGCACAGGCUAAAUGCAUGGUUGAUGAUGCUGUAGAAAAAGCACAGCAAGCACAACUCAGUGAUGUCACACAUAACAAAGAGGCAUCUGAACAGAAAUCACCUGCAUCUGUGAAAAAGUCUGACCUGCAGUCAGACGCCGCUAAUUCUGUCAGCGCCAAGAAUAAAUUUGAUUUAAGCACAACCACUAACCAAGAGGCAGGCCUUGAUACUCCCUUCGGUGCACAAACAUUUCCCCAAUCCAGCAGCGAAGCACCCGCUUCUGACGAGGGGAAGAUUUCCCACGCAGAACAACCCGUCUCAUCAAACAGUCACGCUGAGUCAGGCUCGCUCCCAGAAUUAAACACAGAAAAGGAAGCAGAACCUACAAGUAGAUUGAGCACACAAAGUUCUGCUGUGCACAGGACACACACCCCAACACCAAACUGUGCACACACCCCUCAGAUUCCCGACUCCCCAGAAUUAAACACAGAACAAGAUACGAAAGAAAAGACCGCACCACCACAGGCGGAUUCACAAACACGAGCUGUUCAAAAGCAACUGCAAAUCUCUACUGAAGUGGCUUCUAGCAUCCAGACUCCAACUGUCCACAGCAACAUUUCCACCUCCCUGGUUUCUGCCACACAGUCUAAAAAUAACCACAUUCCUAUUACUACAGUGCACUCAAGCACAUCUUCUAGCGCUUCUGUUCCCUCCACCAGCUCCUCUGCCCUUCCCCCUCUUACUUCUUCCGUUACAACACCAAAUCCACCCCUCCCUGCAUCCUCUUCUUUGACCCCAGCUCCCCCUAUCCCUAAACCUCGUACCAUACAGAUAGUUAUGAGUGACAGCAGCACCAGCAAUGGGCAGAAACUGCCGGAGAUCCGUCUUGUUAGGAGGCCCGAGGCCAGCACAGGGCCACUCGUGGCCCACAGUGCGUUUGAUGUGGCAGCUGUUGAGCAGACAUCUUUGGUAAAAGAGUGUCAAACUGUCCCUGAGCUGCAGGACGGCAGUACCAGUAAGGCAGGGGCACAAAAAGACACAGAGAACACAGGGAAUCCUGAAGAAACUUCAAAGCAAGAAUCUAAAGAGACAAGUGUGGAAGCAGAUGAGCAAGACGAUGACGGAGCAGCAUCCCAGAUGGUCGCUGGAAGCGAGCUGCACAAGUCAGACGCUUUGAUUAAUGAUGCACCAAAGGCAGCCGCAUUGAAAAUUCAAGAAAUCAUUCCAAAAGAUGUUGACCUCGAAACUUCCGAAGAUUGCAGGAUUAUUGGGAAGAUGGACGCACGCUGUGUAGCCACAGCGCAGGCAGCUACAGCGAGCCCUGAAAGGACUCUGACAGGCUCUGAAUCUGGUGAUGUGUCAGACAAAAAAGGUGAAAAUAUGACACAGUGCAGAACAUUUCUCGCAAGAGUACAUGAACCCCAGAGGAUAUCAUUUUCUAAACCACAGGACAUGGAUCAGAUGGAGGCUCUGAAUUCUUCGACAGCGCCAGUGUUCUCAACCUCAUGUCUGCGACCUCAUAACGGCGAUGGCGCACACACAUCUGCUGCAGACACCCACAGUCAGCAAGGUGAACAAGUAAGACUCACACAUGUAGACAAUGAGGUUAAUAUGCGAAAUACUGCAAAUCACAACACGCACAGCACCUUUCAAGAACAAACUUCUACAGGACGUGUUGGCACACACACGCCCGAAAAAGCCCUGCGUUUACACCUCACCGAAACACACCUGCCGGACUUCCGUUCACAAACACCUGUGCACCAAUCACAGUCGCUUAAAGCACACACUCCCACUCCUGAUGGAUUUUCUCCACGCACGCCAGCCUUGGAUUCUCUAUCGCCAGACAUUUUUGAUGGUUAUAUCUCCUCACGAGAGGACUCCACUCUCUCCACCACCUCUGAAGAGUAUUAUGAAUGUAGUGACUCGCUUUUUAACGAGCCUGUUUUUGACCACAUGGCUUCUCGUGGCCAGGGGAUGAUAGCGGAUCACAUUAAUUUUGCACACACAAGUAGUCUAAAUUCUCCCGCCACUGGCACCGGUCCUGCACACAUAAAUUACAGCUCAAGUGAUGCUACAUUAGGUACGGCACACAGUGAAACACAGACUUUGACUGGGGCCGCUAAAGUCCCCAGUUCUUCUUUACUUGGAAAAAAAGUGGAAACUAGGGAGGUAGAGAACAAGGCAAGUGAAGAAGAAGCAAGUAAAGAGGACGAACAUGGGAGGAAACUGAGUGUGGCCGAGAUGAGGGAAGAGCAAGAAUCCCAGGGGACAGAGAUGAGAGGCAGUGAGGAUACUAAUAGAAUAAUGGAGCAAAUUAAACGAGGCAAAGAUUCAACUGAAACAGGAGGAAAAGACAAAGAGGUCCAAACGCCUACGAGAAAGGUGGCAAGGAGCCAGUCAGCUGCAGACAGACUGGUGGAUGGAGGAAUGACUGCAGGAGGGUCAAGUAAAGAGAGAUCAAAGCCAAAGCGAUCGUCCGCUGGUGACAUUAAAUCAACAGAGGGAGGGAGACCAGACAGAGAGGGGAGGGAGAAUGCUUCAAACCAGGUGGAAAUAAGACCCAGGGGUACAGAGAGGAGAGCGAGCCCCCAGUCAAAGAGGCAGACAGAGGGACAGAAGGUAUGA